AUGUCCUCCGACCAACCCCGGGUUGUCGAGAGCAGACCAUCGGCCUUGACGUCCAACCCGGUACACGAAGCCGAGGACGAAAAGGAUCAUGGCACUGUCGACCGCCCUCUGGAAGACGAACAAGCAGUCAACAACUUCAAGGCCGAGAUAGAGAAGGCGAGAGACACGAGCACGAAAGCCGAGAUAUCCACGCACGUCAUCAUCAGAAAUUCGAGUGCCGGGCAGGCAGACACCAACAGUGACAACGUGGAAAUAUCCAGGGUUGUCAGAGGAGGUCCAUUGCUUGCUGUCUACACACUGGCAGACACGGCUGAGUUGGAGUACAAGUCAAGUGUCACCUUUGCCGAAGUCUCGUCGCUCGGAGAUGAGGCUGCAACCAUCGACUCAAAGACAUUUUCUAAAGUAAAAGAAGGAGAUGCGCUGGCAGCGGAAGCAAUGAACAGGCAUCGGGAGUUUGAUAUUCCCAUUUUUGUCUGCACAUUAUCAUUUCCCAUGAUGCCCACUUUCCUCCACGUUUUUGAGCCGCGUUAUCGCCUGAUGAUACGCCGAGCUUUGGAGGGCGAUCGGACUUUUGGCAUGGUGCUUCCUCAACGGCCUCGGACCGCCAAUGACACACACUUUGUUCAAUACGGGACCUUGCUGCGGAUCGUGAACGCCGAAUAUUUUGCAGAUGGUAGGAGUCUGAUCGAGACAUCUGGCAUAUCGCGCUUUAGAAUCACCAGACAUGGCAUUCUGGAUGGAUAUUUGGUGGGGAAGAUUGAACGAAUUGACGACAUGUCGAUCGCGGAGGAGGAAGAUCUAGAGGCCACCGAGACACAACGAGCCCUAGAAAGAUACGAAAGCGCCGCUACACACCAGAGCGAAGAUUCAACGAUGCCGAGACCAAUUACGACCACCCCAGAGGAUCUUUCAACAAUGCCAACGAGCGAUCUUCUAACGUUGGGUGUUUCUUUUGUGCAGAGAAUGCGGCAGCAGAGCGUGCCUUGGCUAGCACAACGGAUGCUGGCUAUAUAUGGAGAAUGUCCUAAUGAUCCAGCAUUGUUUCCUUGGUGGUUUGCGAGCAUCUUGCCAGCCAAGGAAUAUGAGAAGUACAAACUUCUCGAAACACGAAGCGUCAGAGAAAGACUCAAGAUCUGCUGUGGCUGGAUCUUGGAAUGGGAGUCAAGCAGGUGGUGA